CACUUGGCUGAUAUUUCCCAGCAGCGCCACAGAGGGGUGGGGGCUCCCAGCAGUUUCCUGCUUGUGCUUUAAGGAAAGUUCUGUCAGUCCCUGCUGCAGCCAUGAUCCCCCCAGCAGCCGCCCUCUGCUUUCUGCCAACAAACAUGGGCAGCAGGGGCAGUUUGCUGCUACAGGCAGGCAGGGUGGCAGUCAGACAGACGAGAGCAGCGGCUGGGGGCCCUUCCAGGUUGGGUUGCCUACCCCAGGGCAGGGGCUGUGGGCUUGUGCAGGCAGGGAGAGGGGCGAGUGUGAGCCAAGGGAGGGCAGUCACAGGGGCUGCAGUGGGGGCAACAGAGGGGAGGAAAGAGAUGAAGGAGUUUGAGGACCUCCCGGGACCCUCUCUGCUUAAGAAUCUCUAUUACUAUUUCCUGCGGGGAUACCUACUGCACACACACGAGCUGCAGUUAAUCUACAAAAAAAUGUACGGGCCCCUGUGGCGGUCAGAAAUAGGCAAAUACAAAAUGGUGAACAUAGCGGAUCCGGAGGUCCUGCAGCGGCUUGUGAGGCAAGAGGGGAAAUAUCCAAUGAGAAACAAGGAAGAUGUGUGGAAAGCCCACAGGGACAAGCGCAAACUCGCCUACGGACCUUUCACUGAGGAAGGACACCAGUGGUACCAGAUCCGCUCGGCGCUGAACAAGAAGAUGCUGAAACCGUCAGAGGCCGCCAGUUACGCGGGGGGCAUUAACGAGGUGGUGACAGAUUUCAUGGACAGACUGCAGGACAUGCGCAAGGCCAGUCCCUCCGGUGACAUGGUGAAUGAUUUGGCUAAUGCCCUGUAUAGGUUUGCAUUCGAAGGCAUAUCCAACAUUGUGUUUGAGACCCGGAUUGGCUGUCUGGAUAAACAGAUUCCCCCGGAGACCCAAAAGUUCAUUGAUUCCAUUGGUUACAUGUUUAAGAACUCUGUUUAUGUCACCUUCCUGCCACACUGGACACGGGGUAUUUUGCCCUACUGGGACCACUAUAUAGAAGGCUGGGAUAAUAUCUUCGACUUUGGAAAGCACCUAAUUGAUAAGAAGAUGAGUGAGAUACAGUCCAGGUUGGAUAAAGGAGAAGAGGUGGAGGGUGAAUAUCUGACCUAUCUGUUGUCCAGUGCCAAUCUGACCAUGGGAGAGGUGUAUGGCAGUGUGUGUGAGCUGCUCCUGGCCGGUGUGGACACGACAUCAAACACAUUGUGCUGGGCUAUGUACCAUCUGGCGAGGGACCCGGAGCUCCAGCAAGCUGUAUAUGAAGAGGUGAGCAGUGCUGCACCCAUGGAUCGGAUCCCUGUCGCUGAGGACAUCCCUAAUAUGCCGCUGCUGAGGGGCGUAAUCAAGGAGACCCUGCGCCUUUAUCCUGUGAUCCCCACCAACGCAAGAAUUGUGUCUGAAAAGGAGGUCGAGAUUGGAGAAUAUCGAUUCCCCAAAAAUACUCUCUUUGUCCUAAGUCACUAUGCCAUCGCCAGAGAUGAGGAAAAUUUUGAAGACCCCCUGAAGUUUAAGCCCCAGCGGUGGCUGCGCGAUGGCGGAAUGAAGCAUCACCCAUUCAGCUCUAUUCCUUUUGGGUACGGGGUGCGUGCCUGCUUGGGGAAGCGCAUUGCGGAACUGGAGAUGCACCUGGCCCUGUCUCGGGUAAUUCGGAUGUUUGAGUUGAGAUGGGAUCCCAAGGGAGAAGAUAUCAAAUCAAUCGCCCGCAUUGUGUUAUCACCCAGCAAACCAGUUAACUUGCAGUUCUUGGAGAGAAAGACCCAUCAGGAAUAAGGGCCAGGCCUGGGGCAAUACCCGUACAGCGCUGGGGCAAAUUAUGCAUUGCACUUACACAAGGGGCCAAUAUGACCAAUAUUUUCCCUACCGGAGAAUCAGAUGUCAGUGAACUGCUCAGCAUCCUUGUGUUCCUCUUGAGCUUUUAUUUUAAAUUACUAUGGGUGCAAGCAAAUUAAUCCAAUCAGGGACUGCAAAGGCUUAAUUGUACCUUUGGCUCUUCCCAAGCUGCGGCGGCGGCAUUAAACGUGAAGCUGGACUGUGUUUCUACUGUUGUGUUUUGUGUCAUUUUCAUUUGUAUUAUUUUCUAUAUGUUCUGAGGAUUAAACCAUUAAACCGGCA